GGAAAAAGGGUGUAAUGUUUAUUUUGAUAAAAUAGUUUAUUUAACCAGAUAAAAUGUUUAAAAAACUCAAAGAAAAAAUUACCGAAGAGGUGAAAAUUUCUCCUCAAAGAUUUGUCGAAUUCACGCAAUCUGUUAGUGAUAGGUUACAAAACAGUUCAACUUCUGAUGACAAUUUUUUCUCGAUAGGAGAAGAUGAUACAAAUACAUCUGUUGAUAGUAACACUCAUGGCUUUUCAAGUGUACAGUUAAUGUCUCCUCAAGAAAGACCAAGAAGAAGUUCAGUAUCUUCACUGGCAAGUGAUAUUUCUUUUCUCCCAAAGUAUGAACCUGGCAGCCUAUACCACUUACAAUCUGACUUGGAUAUCUCUGCAAGUGAAGUUGAGGAUAAUGCUUCAACUGCAUCAUCUCAAUUGGGGCAUCUAACAAAGGAACAGAUAUACUCAGCUUUUCAAAAAUCGCAAAUGCGUUAUCAUAAAUACAGAGGAAGAUACACAGAUUUGUCUAGACAUUAUAAAGACUUAGAAAGAGAUAUAACAAAAAUGAAGAGUGUAUUGGUAGAAACACAAGACAAAGCCAUAAGAAGAGUAACCGAGUUAAAAGAACAGUGUGCCUUAGAACAGAAGGCAAAAGCUCAUCUAGAAAGUGCUUUGAGAGAUGAUCUUGAUGAAAAAAAUUACAAAAUUAAAAGCUUACAAACUAAAAUUGACAUAUUGCAAAAUAAAAGUAAUUCCAACUCCUUAAUAAAUAUUGAAGAAUCCAGCAAUAAUUCAUCCGAAAAUUUAGAAAAUCUAACCAAAUAUCUGAAUGAUUCCAGGAAGGAGAUAGAAACCUUAAAUGCCAAAAUUCAGGAAUUAAAAGCGAAAUCUAUAGUAUUCCAAAGUACCGAACAGGAAUACAAAUCAAAAAUAUCUAACUUGGAAAAAGAGAUAGUACAGUUUUCUGAGAGAGAAAAAGAGAAUAAUCUCAACCUGGCGCAGAAUAAAAUGGAACUUCACAAUGAAAUAUUACUUAAAGACAACGAAAUGUCCAAUUUAAAACGUGAUAAUGAAGUGUUAAAAAAUAAAUUAGAAUCUAUGGAAGCAGAAAAUAAAACCAGUAGUAAUCAAAAAUUGGAAAAUUUGCAAAACCAAAAUAAAAGAUUAAUUGAAAAGGUCGAAUCACUUACCCAAAAAUGUAAUAACCUGGAAAGUGAAUUAUUGAAAAUGGAAACCUACAAACAAGAAAUCAAGAAUGUAAAAGACAAAGAUGAAGAGCGAAGAAACGAGAUAUUCCAGUUGGAAAAAGUGAAAGAUCAACUAACAAAAAGUAAUUCGGAACUUAAUGAAAGCCUAUUAAAAGAAAGAGAAAGUUAUGAGAAACAAAUCUCUCAACUCCGGGAAGAUGCCAAAAAAGGGCUCAUAUCUUUAGAACCUAAAAUUAGGGAAAAAAUUGAGAGUGAAUUUAAUUUAAAGGAGUCAGAACUUCAACAAGAGUUUUCUAAGAAAAUUGAGGAAUUAACUUCUAGCAAUAAUACUACUAAAGAAAUUCAAGUGCAGCUUAUUGAAAAAGACACAAUUAUAAAAAAUAUCACUGAAGAAUUAAAUGAAACUAAAUCAGUAUUAUCAAGUAAGACCAACGCGUAUGAGGAAUUAGAAAAAAAUCACUUGGAAUUGAUAGAAAACUGUGUAGAUCUACGCCACACGAUAUCCAACUUAGAGAAAGACAAAAUAACCUUAGAUGCUCAAGAAGAAAAAGUAAAACGACUUGAACAACACAUUAAAACCUUACAGGACCAAUUAGAAAUAUCAGAAGGAAAUUAUCAAAAAGCCGAAAAGGAAUUAAGCAAUAUUAAACAGGCUUUACAUAACACUAAUGAACAGUUGAGGUUGGUAGAAGAAAGAAAUAAGGCUAUGGAACUACAAUCUUCUGAUAGUGACCACCUUCUUAAAAGCUUUGAAGAGGAGAAAAGUUAUUUAAUGAGACAGUUUGAACAGAUAAAACAAGAAUUAAAUAAAUCCAUUGAAGUUAAAAAUGGAGAAAUUAAACAGCUACAAGCAUACCUGAUAGAGGCAAAAGAAAAGAGUUCUGAGUUUACUGAAAAACACUCAAAACUAGAAAAGGAACUAUUGGAAUUUCAAGAACAAAUAAGAUUACUAGAAGAAAAACAAAUAGCCGAGGAUGUAGCCAGAAACGAGACCCAGUUGCUUAACUUAAAACUGGCUCAUCUGGAGGAUACUAAUUCCAAGAAUAGUGAGAGAUUUACGGAACAAUGCAAUAAUUUAUCAGAAGAACUUACUUCAAUAUGUAAAGAGUUAAAAUUAAUAGAUAGCGACGAAGAUUUUAAUGAUUUUGCAAAUGCUGAACUAAUGGCAAAGCUUAAUGUUAUGAAAGAUAUGUGUAAGAAAAAAGAGGAAUUUUAUACAGAUCUUCUUACACAAAACUCCAAGUUAUCAGAAGAGAAUAAGUCUAAGACACAAGAGCUUGAAAAUCUUCAAAGAGAAGUCACUAGUAUACACAGUAGCCACAAAGAAUUUAAUACAAAUAUAAAUACUUUAGAAGGUGAAUUAAAUCACAGUAAAAACUUGAUACAAGAAAAGGAAUAUCUCAUUAAAAACCUCAUGGAACAAUCUCAAGAAAAUCACAAUAGAAUAGACCAACUAGAGCAUCUUUUACAAGAAGAAAGAAUCAAGACCGCUAAGUUGUUAUCAGACGUCUCCAUAUUAGAAUCGAACUUAAGAGAAUUUGAGGAAAAAUAUAGAUUGCUGGAAGAAAAAUCAAAAUUAUUGGAAGUAACUGAAUCAGAAUACGGUAUUUUAGAGCUAAAGCUCCAAAAAAUGGAAGUUGAAAACCAACAAUUGUCAGAUAUGCUCGAAAAACAAAACACUUCGGUUGAAAAAACUAACAAAGAGCAUCUUGAAAGUUUAUCAGUUGUUAAAAAACUGGAAUCAAUAAACCUAGAAUUACAGAAAACAUAUGAAGAUAAAAAUGUCGUUGUUCAAGAUCUGAAUGAGCAAAUUAAAAAGCUAGAAGGAACAAUAAAUGAAUCUGAGAACGCUAAAAAAGUUGUGUUGCAAGAACUAGAAGACAUUCGAAUUAUAAAACUCACAGCUUAAAGCUGAGAAUGAAGCCAAAGACACAGAUAUUACAAAACUGUCUUCAGAUGUCGCCCAUUUACAUGCGACGGUUAAAAAACAAUCAGAAGAAUUUAAUAAUUUGCUUGUUGAUACACAAAAAUUAGAUGUUAUGGUAGAAAAUAUUAAAAGGGAAAAUGUUGAGGCUAUACAAAGAGAAAAAGCCUGCCAAAACGAAUUGAUUAUACAAGUAAAUGGAUUAGAGUCCCAAUUGGAAGAUAAAACUUCUAAACUUGAAGAACUGGCUAACAGAGUUUAUACAUUAGAAAGCGCUUGUAAAGCAGAAGAAGAAAAAUGUAAAAUAAAAUCUGCAGAGGUUGAAAAGUUCACAAAAGAAAUAAAAAGUAAAACUGCUGAAAUGAAAAUUAAAGAUCAAGAAAUUUACAUAUUAAAAGAAGAAAGGGACAGUGUACUCGAAGAAAUAAACGCUCUAAGGGGGGAAAUAGUGGAAUUAAAUCAACAAAUCUCCCAUAGAGGAAACCUGGAUACGCAGUUAGUUCAUUCAGAGAGUGAAAGAGAAUUAUUACAGGCAGAAAGGGAGAAAUUCAAGGAAGAAGUUACAGAACUAAACAUCAGAAUCCAACAACUUUCCAUGGACAAUAGAAAUGUUAUCGAAGAAAACCAAACCCUCUCCCAAGAGAAAGAAGAGUUAAAAUUGUCUUUAGAGUUUUUAAAGGAACAACAAUCUAAGGGACCAAAUACAGAUUACCUGGACAGAGAGAAUAAAUCUUUACUAGAUAAUAUACAAGAUCUUACACAUAAGCUAAAUACACUAGAAACUGAAAAUGUAAAACUCAAAAGCGAGAAAACGACGUCAGAAAACAAUGGAUCCGAAAUAGCAAAAAUACAAGAAGACUUUUAUGAAAUUAAAGAAAAAUGUGAUAACCUUUUUAUAGAAAAUAAGAAUCUAAAACAAGAAUAUAAUAAUUUAGAAGAAAAAUGUGCUGGAUUUGGUAAAAUAAAAGAAAAAUUGGAAGCCCAAAUAAGCGAGUCUGAAAGCCAUUACAAUGAUCUUCUUAGAGAAAAACAGCUUUUAGAAGAUGAGAUACAAGAACUGAAAACUUCUCCCGUAAAUUGCAAUAGUAAUUCAUCAAGAUUGGAUAAUUUAGAAACGCUCAAGAAAGAACAGGCAUUUUUAAGCGAAGGUGAAAAGCAGCAUUAUGCAAAGGAGAUAGAUAUUUUAAGAGAAAAACUGACUAAAUACAAAUCAUUAGAUCUUACCAACAAAAGUUCAAUAGAAUUUUACGAAAAUGAACUGCAGAAAUUGAAAAACCAAAAUGAUAAGCUAAAUAGAAAAUUAGAUGAGACCAUUGUGACCCUUAACCACUGUGCUGAGCUUUCUACUUCAACGGAGGUAGAAUAUCUGAAAAAUGUUUUGUACAAUUAUAUGUUGGGCAAGGAGAGUUUGGUAUUAGCGAGGGUGAUAGCGGCCGUUUGUAAAUUUGAUCCUCACCAGACUGAACUGAUCUUGCAGAAAGAACAACAGAAGCAGACUUUGUUGGGGCACUUGGGGCUUAUUUAACAUUUAGAAGAUGAGUAUUUUAGGAAGCAUGCUAAAAUCUGAAGUUAUUACUAGCCCAUAGGGCUACGACCUAACCCCAAGAGACGAUAAAAAUGUCAAAAAGGCUAUAAGAUUUGAAGAGGCAAUACUAACACUGUGCAAAAAGCACUUUAAAAGAUACUAAGAACACAAAUUAUGAAUCACUACUUUUCUCUAAGAUGUUGUGACGUCCUUUCAUUCAAGCAUUCCAUUUCAAAAUUCUUUUAAUUUAAAUAACCACUUAGUAUUUACAUCGGCACUGAUGCUUACUACUGCAUUUCAUAAUUUAUUAAUCUAGUUUUUGAGUGUUAGUGACAGAAUUGAUUUCAACUGUAAGUGGAGGUACAUUACCAUAUCAUAAUUUUAGAGUUUGUUGUGAUCGAAAUAUCUUUUGUAAAAUAUAUUUUUUAGUACAAGCACUCUAUAUUAGUUGUUGCUAACAUAAUAUAAUUAUGUAGUUUAUAUAGUAUGCAAUACAAAUUUAAUUUUCCUUUGCAACAAACUUAAAGUGCUUAUGUACUUUCUAUAUAUUGAUUUGACGCAGUGGAAUUUUGAGUAAUAUAAGAUAUCACAAAUCUCUGUGUGGAAAAGUGCUGAUGUACUUGACUUAUUCGCAUUUUAAUCCGUUUUAGAUAUCGUAAUAAUAAUUAAAAUUAGCUCAAAUAAUAUCCAAAUUUCAUUUUUCCUAAUAAAAAGAAACUUUUAUUGAAGUAAUAACUCCUAGUGUAAUUGGUAUAUUUGUAAAAUUACUAAAAUAAUGAAAUUAUCCAAAAGGAUUAUCGGUGAAAUCUGCAAGCAAUUAAUCCCACUUUAAUAUAAUGAACAAAAGUAGUAAAAUUUUGACUGUUAAUCUAAAAAAAUAUGUGUGAUCACUUACUUGAGCAUUUUUAAGCAAGAUUACUUACUUGAGCAUUUUUAAGAAAGAUUACUUACUUGAGCAUCUGCAAAAAAGCCACUUACAAAACUGUAUUUUAAAAGUGGUAAAAAUUAAAAUUAA